AUGUCUUGUUUUUUAUUAGUAUAUCAUUUUAUGAAUGCGAUUGUAGCCGCGGUUACUAUUGCAGCGCCUGAAUUACUUCCAGGUUUUCCACCACCUUUGGCAGGUGCCAUCGUCAAUUCUUUGUUCCCAAAUCAAGCAUCGGAUCCACAGGCCGUAUGGAACAGUAUCUUGGUCUAUGCUCAAGCUGCCAUCGAUAAGAGUAUUGAUACUGCAACAUAUUCUUUGGUUCAAUCAGAAUUACUCGGAUUCUCUCAAUUGAUGGAUGAAUAUUACUUUGCUGCAAUGUCCGAUCCAGAUUCCACACCAGAGUACCUAAGUUCUGUUUACAUUUCGUGUGUUACUCAAGUGAUUCGUCAAGAGCAACUUUUCAAAACAGAACAAUUCCAAGCCACACUCUUGCCAUUGUUUGCUCAAUUUGCCAAUCUCUAUUUAACAUUCAUUCGUGAUGGUGUAAAUUAUGGAAAUCAAUUGGGAUGGAGUCAAUCUGUUAAAGCUAAAUAUGAUACUUUGAUGAAAUCAAAGAUUACUAGUUAUGCUAGUUAUGCAAAUUCAGUUAUCAAUACUCGUAUUCAAUCAUUACCAUACACUGUUUCAACACUUCAGCCAGUAGAUCAAUGGAAUAAGAUUUCAGAUGAACUCAAUCAUUUCUAUAUGUCAGUAACAUUGUUUUCAUACAAUUGGAAAUACUUUGACGUCAAGUUAUAUCCAACUGGUGGUUCUAUUGGUCCAGUUUCACAUAUUCUUUUAUCAAAUCUUGCUGGUGUUUUCAAUAUUCCAGAUUGCACAUACAAUGUUUGUAAGAAAUUAAAUCGACCAGAAACAGUUGCAUCUCAAGUAUCGACCACAAGAAUGAUGUCAAAAAUAACUCCAUACUUCCACACUGGUCUCAGUCUUGUUGGACUCAACAUUGAAUACAAUGAUGGAUCAACAAAGUUGAUUGGACGUUCAUCAGGAUCAAAUAUUUCACCAGACCCAACAUUAGUUUUAAGAAAAGUUCCAAUUGUUUCAGUCUCUAUCUCAACUGAUCCAAUUCAUACUCAUGCCAUCACAUUCACUUAUUUCGAUUCGACCAAAGACACUCUAGGAAAAGUAACUACCAACUCUAAAGCUCAAACAUUUGAUUCAUCAUUCCCAGGACAAUGUGUUGUUGAUAUUGUUGAACCAGGAUAUGAUUUGGAAGCAUUUUCAUAUUUAAGUGGUCUAGCAAUUGCUUAUGAUGAUGUUGAUUUCCGUUUCCCAGUGUCAUCAUCGGGACCAGUAGCAGUUUCUCAAUAUUAUUAUCAAGAAUCAAAUGGUGAAUCCAGAUAUCUUUACAAUUCUCCAGGAAAAGUAUCCACCGAUUUAGCAGCAUUUAUUGGACCAACAAGUCAAAUCAAUAUUCCAAAUAAAGGAGUAUAUGAUUUUGGAACAAAUGAUUUCUCAGCAACAUCUCUUGUCCAAACAACAGUACCAGGAACAAUCAUGUCAAAUAAACCUGAGCCUGGAAGCAGCUUUGAUAAUGGUGGAUGGAGAAUUGUCAUCAAUGAAAAUGGUUUAAUUAUUUUCAUAAUUGACAAUGGUUUCGGAUCGUAUAAAACAAUAUCAUCAACAACACAAAUACUUGAUGGAAAUUGGCAUCAUGUUGCUGCUAUUCGAAGAUCUGGUUCAUUGGAAAUUUGGUUGGAUGCUGUUAAACUCACAACAACAACAUCUGGUUCAAAUUUGAGUGCCAAAUCAACAAAUACAUUAUUGAUUGGUGCCAAUUAUUACACCAAUCAACCCAAUGAGCCACAUUUUGUUGGAUCAAUCGAAGAUAUCACUAUUUGGAAUGUUGCAAUCUCUCAAACACAAAUAUCAAACACAAUGUACAAAAAUAUUGUUGGAAAUGAACCAAAUUUGGUUGGAUAUUGGCCAUUUGAUAAUAAUUUCAAUGAUAAGAGUUCAACCGGAAAUAAUGGUGCUUCGACUGGAACAAUUAAUUUUGUUCCAAGUACUUUAUCAUCAAACAUUGGAUGGUCAUUUGGAGGAUAUUCAUUCAAAGCAUUCCAAGUUCCAUGGUCUGUAAUUAUAGAUCCUACUACAGCUUCUGAUACCGAGAGAGAAAUUGUUUAUCGAUUCAAAUUCACACAAUCAAAUGGUAAUAGAUUCUAUUAUACAACCGAUAGUUCAUUCACUUCAAGUGGUUGGGUGAAAGAUGGUAUUGCAUUCCAAGUAUAUGAUGCAAUUGAUGCCACACCUUCUGCCAAGCCAGUUUACAGAUAUUCUAGAACUCAAAUUCAAGCAUUUGGAUCAGGUUUAGUUUAUGGAUAUUCAACCGUUCCAAAUAUGUUAGGCUGGACAAAAGAAGGUAUUGCUUGGUAUACAACAAGUGAUUCAACACCAUCAUUCCUUUCAUAUCAAGAUCUUGAAUAUAAGAUGAUUCAAAAUGUUGGAUCACAAAGUUGUUUAACAGCACCAACAACAUCUGGAUCAUCAGUAACACUUUCAACAUGUGAUCAAUCGAAUCUUCAACAAUUUUGGUAUUUGAAAUAUGAUUCAUUUGGACCACAUCUUUACAAUCCAAAAACAAUGAUGUAUAUGAACAGUCAAACAACAACAUUGAUUGGAACAACAUCGAUUCCACAAAACAAUUUUAAUAUUCUCAAUCAAUUAACAAAUGGACAAUACAUAAUUCAAGAAUAUAUUUCUUCAUUAUGUCUUCAACUCAAUACUGUCUCAAAUAUUGUUGAAUUCAAAACUUGUGAUUCAUCAAAUCAAAAUCAAAUUUGGAAAUAUCCAAGUUCAGUUUUAGUUGAAAGUUCGAAAUCAAUUCCAUUGUUCCCAGGUGCAUGUUUAGAUUCACUUGGAUUGAAAUGUCCAACAACACUUCCUGAAGGUAAAACACUCAAGACAUCAACUACAUCACUCACAAUCAACUCUCAAGGAAAUGGAUAUUUAUCACUUAAAUCUGGAGGUUCUGAAGUAUUUUCGUUGGGAGUAACAACUUCAACAUCAGGACCAUAUUCAAUCACAAUCCAAUCAUUUGAUGGAAAUGUUGUUUUGGUUGGUAAAUCUGGAACAUUCACAGCAAUUAUGUGUAAUGGUCUUGAAGGUCAAUAUCUCAAUCUUCUUGAUAGCAUUUAUGGUUUACCAUACGGAUUGGUUGUCCAAAACGCUAAAAACAAGAUGGUUUGGUCGAAAUUAGGAUAUCCAACAUCAAUGAAGAUUGGAUUGAUUCCAGGUUCGUUCAUUGACAAUCUUGACACAAAUAAUUAUCUUGGAGUCAAUCAAUUUAUCACCAAUGGAAGAGAUUAUUUGAUUGUCAAGAAAACACCUUCUGGUGAUUCCUUUGGUGCAUAUUUAUAUGGACAAAAUCCAAAUGCUGUAUCAACUCCUCUCUGGAAAUAUGAAUAUUCGACUUUAUUAAAAGAAGAUCUCAGAAUGUACGUUCAUUACAAUGGUGAUACCAAUACUUUUUGUUUCGUCAACUCUAUAACAGGAUCAUAUUCUUGUCAUAUGUUUGGAGAUUGGAACACACCAAGCAUUCAAUCAUCUCGAUAUCUCCAAAUUCCAGCACCAGGAAGUGACCAAGCAACAGAUUGGGCAAUUGCAUUGCGUUCAGCAACAGGAUCUCUGACAUAUGGAUAUUUUGGAAACUCCAAAGCUUUUGGAAACUUUGCACUUCAACCAAAUACAAACACUUUAUAUCAAAAUAGAUUCCUAAGUUUCCAAAUCAAUCAAAACAAAUAUUAUAUUAAGAAUCUGUUCACAAACCAGAUACUUCAAGAAUCACCCGCAAAUCUUCAAAUAUGUAACCAUGCUUGGUCAUCCACUGGAAUUUAUCAAUUGAUCUAUGAUACAACAACCACUUGCUCGUCCAAUGCCAAGACAAUGAUUGAUUCAAGUGGAGUUCCAAAUGAUCGAUCAACUCAAACCGGUAGAUCGAUAAUACUUCUUCCAUCAAUGCCAGAAUUAGUUGUAUCUGAUAGGUAUUUAAGCAUUUCAUCUACAUCUAUAAAAUAA